UAGACCCGCCUCCCUGGCUGUGGUGCGCUCGGUGCGUCUCUCUCCCCCUGUGCGCUUCAAACCCAUAUUCCACUGGGAAAGAGAGAGAGAGGGAGAGAGAGGGAGCGAGAGAGAGAGAGUGCAGGACCCUGGGAUAAGAGCAACGAAAGAAAAAGAGGAGAGAAAAACGGAACAACGACACAAAUGGCACUCAUGGCAGGGAUUUUGUUCACGGCCACCUUUCUUGUUUUUGGAAUAUCUACAUUUGUUUCGUCGGCACGGAUAUACCCCCCAAAUGAAGUCACGUUAUUGGACUCCAGAGCUGUACAGGGGGAGCUGGGAUGGGUCGCCAACCCGACAGAAGGAGGGUGGGAGGAAGUGAGUAUUAUGGAUGAGAAGAACAUUCCCAUUCGGACGUACCAGGUGUGUAACGUCAUGGAGCCAAACCAGAACAACUGGCUCCGCACGGACUGGAUCCCCCGCGGCGGUGCCCAGCGCGUCUACAUCGAGAUCAAGUUCACCCUCCGAGACUGCAACAGCCUCCCGGGGGUCAUGGGAACCUGCAAGGAAACCUUCAACCUUUACUACUACGAGUCCAACAACGACAAAGAGCGCUACAUCCGCGAGAACCAGUUCGGCAAGAUCGACACCAUCGCCGCCGACGAGAGCUUCACGCAGGUGGACAUCGGCGAUCGCAUCAUGAAGCUGAACACGGAGGUUCGAGACGUGGGCGCCUUGACCCGCAAGGGCUUCUAUUUGGCCUUCCAGGAUGUCGGAGCGUGCAUUGCGCUCGUGUCUGUCAGGGUCUUCUACAAGAAGUGCCCUUUAGCGGUGCGUAACUUGGCCCAGUUUCCUGACACCAUCACUGGAGCCGAUACGUCCUCGCUUGUGGAAGUUCGUGGCUCGUGCGUGGAUAAUUCAGAGGAGAAGGAGGUUCCCAAGAUGUACUGCGGGGCCGAUGGAGAGUGGUUGGUGCCCAUUGGGAACUGCCUGUGCAACCCUGGAUAUGAGGAGCGCAAUGCAGAAUGCCAAGCCUGUAAGAUCGGUUACUACCGCGCUCUGGCCACUGAUGGCUCCUGCUCCAAGUGUCCACUCCACAGUUACUCCGUCAGGGAGGGAUCCACCUCCUGCGUCUGCGACAAGGGAUACUUUCGCUCGGAAACAGACCCGGCAUCCAUGGCCUGCACCCGUCCUCCGUCGGCGCCCGUCCACCUCAUCUCCAAUGUGAACGAGACCUCUGUAAACCUGGAGUGGAGCGCGCCGCGCAGCUCGGGGGGACGCCAGGACUUGACAUACAAUGUGGUGUGUAAGCGCUGCGGGCCCGACGGCCGGCGCUGUCAACCCUGCGGUAACGGCAUCCACUUCAGCCCCCAGCAGCUGAGCCUGAAGGGAACCAGGGUGUCCAUCAACGAGCUGCAGGCCCACACCAACUACACCUUCGAAGUGUGGGCGGUGAACGGAGUCUCCCCUCAGAGCCCCGGGCCGGAGCAGGCGGUGUCAGUGACCGUCACCACCAACCAGGCCGCUCCCUCUCCAGUGACUUCCAUCCAGGCAAAGGAUAUCACAAGACACACCAUCUCACUGGCCUGGCAGCCACCGGAUAGAGCCAACGGGGUCAUCUUAGAGUAUGAAGUCAAGUAUUAUGAGAAGGACCAAAAUGAAAGAAGCUACCGAAUAAUCAAAACAUCAUCGAGGAACACCGACAUCAAGGGCCUCACCCCCCUCACUUCCUACGUGUUCCACGUCCGCGCUCGCACAGCGGCGGGUUACGGGGAAUUCAGCGGCCCGUUUGAGUUCAUGACCAACUCCGUCCCAGCUCCCAUUAUCGGCGAUGGGGCCAACUCCACAGUGUUACUGGUGUCAGUGGUGGGCAGCGUGGUCCUCCUCAUCAUCCUCAUCAGCGCUUUCGUCAUCAGCCGAAGAAGGAGUAAGUACAGCAAGGCCAAGCAGGACUCUGAUGAAGAAAAGCACUUACAUCAAGGAGUGAGGAUAUACGUCGACCCUUUUACCUACGAGGACCCGAACCAAGCCGUCCGCGAGUUCGCCAAAGAGAUCGACGCCUCCUGCAUCAAGAUCGAGAAAGUCAUCGGCAUCGGGGAGUUCGGCGAGGUCUGCAGCGGCCGCCUGAAGAUGCCGGGCAAGAGGGAGAUCUGCGUGGCCAUCAAGACUCUGAAGGCCGGCUACACCGACAAGCAGAGGAGGGACUUCCUGUCCGAGGCCAGCAUCAUGGGCCAGUUCGAUCACCCGAACAUCAUUCACCUGGAGGGCGUGGUCACCAAAUGUAAGCCAGUGAUGAUUAUCACAGAGUACAUGGAAAAUGGAUCGCUGGAUGCAUUCCUGCGGAAGAACGACGGGCGCUUCACCGUCAUCCAGCUGGUCGGCAUCCUGCGUGGCAUCGCGUCGGGCAUGAAGUACCUGUCAGAUAUGAGCUACGUCCACCGCGACCUCGCCGCUCGCAACAUCCUGGUCAACAGCAACCUGGUGUGCAAGGUGUCCGACUUCGGCAUGUCCCGGGUGCUGGAGGACGACCCCGAGGCUGCAUACACCACCAGGGGAGGGAAGAUCCCCAUCCGCUGGACGGCCCCAGAGGCCAUCGCUUACAGGAAGUUCACCUCGGCCAGCGACGUGUGGAGCUACGGCAUCGUCAUGUGGGAGGUGAUGUCAUACGGCGAGCGGCCAUACUGGGACAUGAGCAACCAAGACGUAAUCAAGGCUAUUGAUGAGGGCUAUCGGCUGCCACCGCCCAUGGACUGCCCCGUGGCGCUCCACCAGCUCAUGCUGGACUGCUGGCAGAGAGAGAGGGCCGACCGGCCAAAGUUUGGACAGAUCGUCAACAUGCUGGACAAGCUGAUCCGCAACCCCAACACUCUGAAGAGGACCGGGGGAGAGACCGCAGUCAGUCGGCCCAACACCACCCUGCUGGAGCCAGGGAGCCCCGAGGCGUCCUCGGCCGUGGGCACAGUGGAGGACUGGCUGCAGGCCAUCGGCAUGGAGAGAUACUGCGACAACUUCACCGCCGCCGGCUACACCACUCCAGAGGCUGUGGUCCACAUGACACAAGAGGACAUGGCUCGCAUAGGUAUCUCCUCGGCAGCACACCAGAACAAGAUCCUGACCAGCGUCCAGGGAAUGCUGUCCCAAAUGCAACAGAUGCAAGGCAGAAUGGUUCCCGUCUGAGAGAUUUUAAAACAAAGGCAAAAAGGAAAAGGAAGCAAAGCGACUUCGUUUCUUAUGAAAAAAAUAAAUAAAUAACAAAAAAGAUUAAAUAUUAAAAAAAAAAAAAAAAAACAGACAAAUAAACUAUGAAGAAAUAGUUUACCUCAUCCAUGCACUUUAAAUUGGAUCUAAAAGAAAAGAAGACGUUGAUGAAGAAGAAAAAAAAAAGUGGUGAAAAUGGCACUUUUUUAAAAAAUCAGACCUUUACCUUGCCCUUUUUUUUUGUUGUUGUUUUGGAGAAAGGGGCUUCUGUCUGCAGCAUUUAUGGAUAGAUGAAGGGAUGGCUGGAAAAAUGCUUCCAAGAGGCCAAUCUGGAGUGCCUUUAACUGGUCUGGAAAGGAAAAGCGAGGAAGAGGGGGAACCAUACCUUUCUUGCUCUUCUUUGGGCAGAGUGUUGUUUCUGGAACUUUCUUUCUGGAAUAAUCCGCAGAGCAGAUGAUUUUUUUUUUUUUUGAUUUCCUGUGACUGUGUUUAUUGUACAUGAAUUGUUUCUGUGGGACUCGCAGGCUGCCCCGGCCGUCAUUGUUCUGUCUCUCAGCUGGAUCUGUUUGGUAUCUCACAGACAAAAUGGAGGAUCCUCCAAACAGUGAAUCUCUGAGAGGUUGAGGGUUGGAUUCCGAGGGGAGAUGGCGGCGCAGCGAGGGCUUAUUUUGAGGCGCUUCUUGUUGUUUUUCGCUCAGUUCUGGCCUUGUUUUUCUCCCAGAACGCUGUAUUUUGUUGCCCUCAGGACGUUGCUGAGAAUGUCUUUGAUCUUCCAGAGGAGCCUUUCCCACUCCCCUGUCUUCCCAAAAACGCUCUCCCACACCUCAGAUAAACACACAAUUUGGAUUCUUCCAUUCAUCUCCCCCGUCUGAAUCGAAGCUCCCACCCCUGUGUCGCUGCAGGACCCUCCAUCUCUUCCUCAUCACUUUUGAUAGACAGCUGUUUGAACCAGUUGGAAUUUAUUGGCAGGAUUUAUUCGGACAAAGGGAUGCAACAGAGGCAGUAUGGAUGCAAAGUCAAUUGGAAUCAUCAGCAUUGUCAUCGCCAAGAAAACACGCUCACCUGUGCUCCAACCGUCAUCAAGCUGCUGCCGUCCAUCAUAAACAGGAUCCCGGCCUCGCUCGCCACGACCAGAAUUCUUCCUCCUCUUCUUCCUCUUUGUCUUCCUCCUCCUGCUCCCCUUCCCCGCCCUCCUUCCUCCGCCUCCUCCUUGGAGCCUCCUCCGACACCGAGAUGACAAAUCCAUCCCCAAGCGUCUGGGACAUCCGCCGUCACAACACGUCGACUUGACAAACUAGCCACCGUCUGCUUGUGGCCAUCCAGCAAUGUACUGGAAUUUACUAUGAAUGAUUUAACAGCAUAAAAAAGAGACAAUAAGAAGAAUGUAAUAUAAUCGAGAAGCCCUGCUCCAGCGGAUAAUGUGCUUUUAUUUUGAAGGUUUCAAAUUUUUUUUGUGAUUUUUAUUUUUUAUUUUUUAUUGCUUAAUUCUGUUUGCAUGUAAAGUAACAAGCGUUUGAUUUGAGCGUGCGAAAGUGAUGAUGUGUGUGAGUGUGUGUGUGUGCACGUGUGUUUGUGUGUGUGUGUGUGUAUGCGUGUGUGUGUGUGUGUGUCUAGCUGAAUGAGUGAAAAGGUCUUUGAAGUACUAUCAGUAAUCGUGUCUGUUCUCAUGCCACUGUGGAGGAGGAGGAGAUAACAGAGUUGUAUUGUUUUUGAUAUAUAAAAAAAAAAAAAAGGAAAACCCUGGACUUUUUUUUUUUUUUCUUUGCUUUCGUGUUGUCUAAAAAAAAAAAAAAAAACUAAAAAACAAAAAUAAAAAACAAUGUAAGGUGUGUUUGCUCCCGUCGUGCAAACUCUACUCAGCCACAGCAUUUACUGAACAGCUUUCUGGAACACAAAACCAGUUCUGCUUUGGCAAAUGGACACAUGGAGACACAGACCAGAGUGACUGAAACCCUCCUGUGCAUACAAACCAAUCCCCCCCCCCCCCAAUCAAGUUUGGACUCUCCGAGCUCAUGACAAGUCAAGGAGGAAGUGUUGGAGCCAUCUCUCUGUUGAAGGUUGGAAAACGACGCACCUGUACACAACAAAAAGGAUCACAGACGUAAGGAAGAAGGUGUUCGAGAAGGGAAAACUGUUGGUUAUUUUUUAUUUUUUCCAGAGCACAUCAUACAGCUACAGGUUUUACCCAAUGGACUAUAUUCCUUUUGUUCCUUUUAUCUCUUUAAACUAUACUUAUGUGAAUGUUUUUGAACUCGCAAGUGACGCUUCAUAUAAUUCAAAAAAACACCUCCGCCCUUAAUACAGCUCUACUGCUCUUUCCUGUUUUGGCAAUGCGGUUUUUUUUUUUUGUUUGUUUGUUUUCUUUUUAGUUUUUUUUGGGUUUUAUCUUUCGAUUAAAAAAGGACCUGUUUGGAAAUAUGCAAGACAUGUUGGGAAGGAGAUGGAAACCAGAAUGUACUGUAAAAUACUUUUUUCCUUUACUUAAAUGUCGGAAGAUUUGAAAAAAAGAAAAAAAAUUAACAAGUCGCCAGAGUUAAUGUUUGUCAUUGUAUGCCUUCCGAUGCCAUAUGAUCUAGCCAUGUAGAUCUAACAUUCUCUCAAUCUUUUUUUGUACUUUUUUUUUUUUUGACAUGAUCAUGAAUUUUUUGUUUUUCUUUGCCUUGUUUUUUUUUUUUUGUUUUAUUUGGGUUUUUUUUUUUGUCAAGGAGCUCUAGGUACAUGUAACUUAUGUCAUUUAUUUAUGUCCUUUUAUAUCUAGUUUGUAAAAUAAUAGCCUAAAGUGAAGAAAAUAAAGGGGUGCCAAAGUGCAUUCUUAUUAAAGUAGAAACCAUA